GAGCCUUCCCUUUGCGACGCGCCCGGCUGCCAUGUUUGACUCGUGGAUGCGCCUGCUCCGCUCUCAAACACUGGUCAGCACGCACCAGAGCAGCAACUCUGUCGCCGACGCCGAGAUAGCCUACAUUUGCCGCCGUGCCGACAUGUCGCGCUAGAGGCACGGCCAGCAACGCGACGCCUCGGAGCCACUUCUGGCGCCGACAGGCCCUGUAAAAGGCCCAUCCACAACAACACGGAACACGGCAGCCACAGAAAUGAACAGCAACGCGCAAAACCACCGGGACCGACGCACCGACGAGGAAACCCCGCUGCUGGGAGGGCCUGGGCCUGCAAAGAAUGCGCACGCCGCCGGCCUCGGGACGAAGCUGAAGAAGCACUUUGGGGCGAAUGUGAGCAAGAACUGGGCGGAUCUCGUGUUGCUGUUUUGCUAUGUGAUCACGGGGCUGCUCGACAGCUCGGCCGUCUUCAUCUGGGGCUCCUUUGUGAGCAUGCAGACUGGCAACACGGUGUACCUGGGUCUCGGUCUCGUCGCCCCCUCUGAAGGCAUCCGCUGGGUCAAGGCACUCACCUCCAUCACCUCGUUCUGCCUCGGCUCCUUCUUCUUUGCACGCUUCCACCGAUUCCUCUCGCCCCGCAAGCGCUGGGUUCUCGUCGCCUCGUACACGCUCCAAAUGCUGCUGAUCGUCCUCGCCGCGCUCGUUGUCACCUACGGCCAUGACGAGGUCGACGACAAGGACCAUCUGCACUGGCAGGUCCUCGUGCCCCUCGCCGUCGUCGCCUUCCAAUCGAGCGGCCAGGCCGUCACAUCGAGGGUGCUCCAGUACGGCGGGCUGACGAGCGUGGUGCUCACGAGCAACUACUGCGAUCUCUUCUCCGACCCGAACCUCAUCGCUGUGAGCAACGUGGAGAGGAACAGGAGGGUAGCUGCACCCAUAUUGCUGCUCAUUGGCGCCAUGCUCGGCGGCGUGUGGGCGCACAGCUCCAUUGGGCUCGCCGGCGCGCUGUGGACCGCUGCUGCGCUGAAGGCGGCCGCCGUGCUGGCUUGGGUCUUCUGGAGCGCCGAACCUGACAAUGCAUAGCCGUCGCGAGCGUUCAAUUUGGUGCCUCGAGGUUGUUUUCGUAGCUGCCGCGUCUCAUGAGGAUGCAUAGCCAUAUGCAAAUAACACUUCUUGUUACACAUUAGCCUACAUCGGACAUGGGUGGCAGGCCUAACGCCAGUCGCCAUGCGGUGCUGAGUAUAGGGAAAACACGCGGGGAGCAAAAACACUCCGCCAAGGCAUUGCGCAGCACUUCUUGUAAAUAUGACGAAGUGUUGGAGAAGAGAUAGCACAUCAAAUGCAUGUUACUCAAAUAUAGCUACAUCAUUUGCUUUCGGAUAACACAGCGUAGUCGUAUUUGCAGCAGCGCCGGCGGCUACCGGACCAUAUAAGC